AUUGUAGCCCAUCUUUCAGGUUAGAAGACUGAAAACAAAUUAUAUUGUGCAUGUAAUGUCACAUGAUCUACUUUGCCUUCUAGGGCUAUGUAGAAGGUGUGUCUAUGAAUGAGAUUUGAAUCAUGAGGAGUCAGAAACACCAGUAGUUAAGUCAUAGAGAGGAAGCAGGUUAAUUUUUCAGCUUUUUCUGUGAUAUAAUCAGUUACAUUUCUGACAACAAGAAACAGCAACAAAAGAUGUUGGAAAAUACAUUAGUGGAAUAUAUGGAUACAUCUGACACCCCUUGGUGCUGGUAUUACCUUGCUGACUGUGGACAGUGGCACCAGUUUGAGGAUGACCCCGAUCUCCCCUUUAGCAGUGAGGCUGUUGAAAAUUUUUACCUGAAAAACUCCAAGGCUGUUUUAAACACAUCAUCUUUCAGUUACAGGGGCCAGAUUGAUUUCUCUGCGAUGCUACUGACAGACCUCACCGCAGGGAGGCAAAAAAGAAUCAGGAGAAGCUACAACACAGAAAAAAGGUGUUCCUGUUUCAGCCUUGCUCCUGUUUUCUGGGAAUCGUUUGAUCCCGAAUCGCCAUACCAGUUAAUCCCUCUGAGUGAACACUCCCCCGAGUAUUGGACAGUGAAACAUUAUGUAAAGACCGAUGGGCUGUUGGACAGAACCAUUCUGUCAAUCAACAGGAUACAGAAUUUGGAUCUUUGGGAAUUAUAUUGCAGGAAAAAGAAACAGCUGAUGAGGAUUCAAGGCAUCAAAGAAAUUCAAGAGAGACGACUCUUUCAUGGGACUGAUAUUAAAAAUGUGGAUUAUAUUUGCAAGUAUAACUUUGAUGUACGGUUAGCUGGACAACAUGCCCACGUAUUUGGCAAAGGAAUUUAUUUUGCCAAACAUGCAACAUUAGCCGACAAAUACAGUCCGAGCAGCUUGGAACCACUGCCAGUUUAUGGCAGGAAAACACAACUUGUACACUCUGGAGAAACUAAAAUUAUAUUUUUGGCUCGGGUGAUGACUGGAAAACCAGUUGCUGGACGAUCUCAUUUCCAAAAACCCGAUCAUGGGAGUCCUGAAAACUUGCAUGACAGCUGUGUUGAUGAUGUCUCUCAUCCUAAUAUUUUUGUCGUUUUUGAUCCAAAUCAAAUAUAUCCGGAGUAUGUGAUUCAGUACAGCUGAGCGCAACAUGUGCAAGAUCAACAUGGCUACCUCAAACGGUACAUUUCAAGCACAACUCCUGAUGGCUUCAAUGAAGUUUUUACAGCAUUUUGACUACAUUUUAAACAUUUUUAGAAAAAUUUCCAGUAAACUAGGUCGUUUUCAGCAAGAUAAUCUGUCAGCAAAGUUAUCGUUACAUUUCAUUACUUUGGAUCAGAAGUACUAAUAAAAAUGA